AUGUCUAAUACAACUGUUCAAAAACAAGAAGUGAUGGACGAUGACCAUAGUGCGCCCAUUUUACCGAUACCUGAUAAACAAUACCUUUCAGUCGAAUAUCCAGGCUGUGUAAAACGGAUCAAUAAAGCCAUCGCAACAUUAGGGGGUGAAAGGGCAUUAAGUGAUGCUCUCUCAAAUAAUCGUCGGGUCCAGCUAAGCUAUCGACGGGGAGAUCCAUUUUCUCAUCCCAUCAAUAGUGACACCGUAGCUUGUGCGAAAUUAUUGGUCAAAGUAACUAGGCGAGUGAAAAGGGACCGCAAUACUGGUGAAGUAGUAAAAGAAGACCAUGAUGGAUACAAAGUAGAAAUUAUGGGCAAGAUAUUCAAGACUGUACGAUUUAGAGCUAUGGCAGAUUUCCAGUACCUGGUUCACAAGACAGAUAAGAUACGUCAAUUAAAAGGAGCCUUAUUACGCGGUGAUGUCGAAUCCAUCAUGAAAUAUGAAGUCCCAACUGAUGAUGAUGAUAUGAACAACCUGCGUAUCAUACCUCCACCUAUUUUUUCAUCGCUAGAUACGCCCUUCGGUUAUGGGUAUCGCCAAAGUGCGCCAGUAAUAAGAGUGAGGGUUAAACAACCCGACGGCACCUACAAAGUCAAACUGAUUAACCGUAAACAGAUGAAUUCUCAGCAGAUUACCAGUAUCCAAUAUCAUGAAGAAACUGUACCUACUCAAUCACUCUAUAGCCUGAAACCAUUCGAAAAGGAUGAAGAUAAAGCCGUUUGUGAUAAAGUGAAAGAAUUAUUUGAGAAAAGACCUGUAUGGACAAGAUUUGCUAUCAAAUGUGAACUACAGUUUCCUGGAGAUAAGAUUUCACAUAUCCUGGUACAUCAUGCUUAUACAUUUUCAAAUGGUCCUUGGAGAGAAUGUUGGAUUAAAUAUGGUGUAGAUCCCAGAAAGGACGUAACAUACCACAUUUAUCAAUUAAUUGAUAUAAGAAGAUAUUAUCAUCCAAAUUUAAAUGAUAAUCCAAAAAGAGUACUGACCCUUCGUAAAAAUGCACCAAACCUUACAGCAUUGACCACACCACAAGCAGUAGCCAAACAAAUAGAAAACUCGACACCGUUAAUUCCCGGUAAGCAAGACUACAUCUUCACAGGCGUGAGUAAGCCUGGUGCAACCAAUGUCUAUCAGGUCUGUGAUUUGGCAGAUCCUGACUUUGUAUCUUUCAAGAACAAUCCGCUGUACCUAAAACAAGAACCGACGAAAGAUGCCGGCUUUUAUUACCAAUGUGUCUUUACUCGGUUGCGUAAAUCAGUGCGUAAGAAGUACCUUGAUCUUCUAGAGCGAGGAUCUGCAGAAUCUUUGGUGGAUGAUAUUACAGAUGGGCUAGAUAAACUGAUCAAUGCAGAGAAGGAAAAGUCAACAACCACGGCGAAAGAUAAUUAUGGGAAGCAAGAGUCUACGACGGCUAAAAAAAGCUUAUUAUUACAACAAGCACAACAAGAAGAGAUAGGAGGGGAGAAUGAUAGUAUCAGUUCAGAUACAGUUGAAGAAGCUGCUAGACAAGCACUUGCGGAAAUGAGCCGAGCUGUUCACGGACAUGAUGUGAAGAGUGAUGCAAGUCGUAAUAGUCAUACCGAUGCUGGUAAUAACAGAGCUACUGUUUCCCCUGUAGAUACUAGUAAGAUUACGAAUAAGCGGCUCAAGGAUGUUGUAGAUGAUUAUAUGAAUGAGCUCGAAAAGAUCACUGAAUUGGACGAUGACGAAGUGGAAGAAGUAACUGCUGUCGAAGAGGAAGAAGAAGAAGAAAUAGGUGAUGAGGAAGAAAUGGAUAUGGUAGACUACGAUGAGGAUCUAGUAGAAGAUAAUGAAGAAGAAACAAAAGAACAACAUCCUACUAGGAAAAGUUAA